UUGAUUUUCUUAAAGUGUACGACAUCGUCUAAUUUACUUCCUUAUUUAUAAUGGAGAAGUUCUGGAAUUCUUUCAGAAGAAGAAAGAAAAAUAAGCAUAAAGAUGAUAAUAAUUACAGACCAGAGACCGCAGGUAGUGUUUCCACUGAAGUUCGAGUUGUUGUGACAGGGGCAGAAGCUCAAUCGAGAAUCAAUUCGCUGAAGGCAUGUGCAAAGAAACUUGAAAAGAAAUUAAAGAAAGAGGGGUCAGGGAAAAGAAGUCCUGUCAAUGAUUAUAGAGAUGAGUACAGCAGUUUACGUGAACAAAUGGAACAAGUUAAACAGUGUUUCCAGUGUCCUGAUGAGGAUGAAUAUGGGAGAGAUGAGGACGCUGGAGGUUUCAAAAGACCGAGAACAAGUCCUCCUUCACAUUCUACAAUAGCAACAGUACACAAUAACGAACGUGAACCUAUUGCGGAUUAUACGUACAAUCAUAGUCGGACAAAUGAAAGAAUAGACAACUCACGUGUACCAUUUCACCGUUCGCACAGUGUAGAUGAUAGAAAGCAAAAGAAAACAGAUUAUAGAAUGCAAGAAGAAUUGAAAGUACGAGAACAGGCAAAUGAAAGACUUCAACGUGAUUUACAAAACUAUAAGGAUCAAUUACAGCAAUAUAAAGACGAUCUUAAAAGGAGCAAAAGAGAUCUGGACACAGAAAUCAAAGCAAGAGAAGAGGCACAAAACAGAUUGAGUGAAAUGAUGGGAAAACAGCUGAAAAAUAACAAUCCUGCAAUUACAGACCUAAGUGAUCCAGACAGACCAUUAAGUCUGGUAGAGAAAUUCUCUAAUGUAUAUGAUAAUGAAUGGACGGACACAAUUGAAGAAAUAGAGCAAGUGACAGGAAAUGAGAGAACAGCAACAAAAAUACUGCUCACUGUUGUAAUAGACACAUACUCAGAAUGUUUCGAUCUACGACAUAAAGGAAAUUGUGUACUGGAACUAAAAAACAGUAGUGCUACUGUGCAACAAAAGGUCAAUGAAAUAGCAGAUGAAUAUAAAAUUCAACUGAAAAAAAUGAAAACCAAUCAGUUACAAUCUCUCAAACAGGUAAAAUAUACGAUUACAUCUGUUGUAUUAACAUUGUAA